UUUCGAACACAUUGCUCUUUGAAUUAAUCUUAUUCUUGUUUCAUGCAUUUCGAAUCCUCGUGUUUCCAAGUUUAUCGUAAAGUUGGCGCGGAACGUAGCUAUCGAUAGAUAUAUUUUGAUUUGUGUGAAGCUUUUUAACCUAACUAUUUCGAUCCCUCUUUGAACGCAAUUAGUCCGUGAUAUUUUUACUAUUACAAACGUAAUCGGAAAGAUAUUUAAAAGAUUAAAAAGAAAAUCAGAAAGGAAAUACAGGAGAUCGGUCGCAAAUCGGUUUAACUAAGAUGCAGAAGUAUGAAACGAUAAAAAUUAUAGGAGGAGGGAGUUACGGCGUGGUGAUGAAAUGCAAACAUCGCGAAACCGGACAAUUCGUGGCCAUUAAGAGACUUCUGGAGACCGAGGGGGACCAUCAAGUGCGAAAAAUGGCGUUUCGCGAGAUCAGGAUGUUGAAAAAAUUGUGUCACGAGAACCUAGUAAAUAUGAUCGAAGUGUUUCGUUGUAGGAAACGAUUUCAUCUCGUGUUCGAGCAUUUGGAUCACACGUUGCUGGACGAGCUGGAAAUCGUUAAAAACGGUCUGGGCUGGGAGGUGUCCCGACGACACAUUUACCAAGUCCUUCGAGGCUUGAGCUUCUGUCACAGUAGCAACAUAAUGCAUCGCGAUAUCAAGCCGGAGAAUGUUCUGGUAUCUCCGCACGGUGUUGUGAAACUCUGCGACUUUGGGUGUGCACGUUUCAUAAAUAUCCCCGACGAGUCUUUCACGGAUUAUGUAGCGACAAGGUGGUAUCGAGCGCCGGAACUUCUUGUUGGUGAUCAACAAUAUGGCAAAGCAGUGGACGUUUGGGCAGUGGGCUGCCUUUACGCGGAAAUGGUGACGGGAGAUCCCCUUUUCCCUGGCGACAGCAACGUAGAUCAACUCUAUCGAAUAACCAAAGUUCUUGGGAGACUGUGCACGAAGCAUCAAACACUGAUGGAUCAUGGCAGACCCGGUCGAAUAUUGCGUCACACGAGUAUAGACGAGCUGACACCACCAAAACCACCACCAAAACCAGGUGUAACUUCGAUUCGUAUGUUAUUUCCCACCUGGGACUCGGUGGCCAUCGACUUUCUGCAUUGCUGUCUCCGCAUGGAUCCCAAUCUAAGAUCUACGUCCUCGGCGCUCUUGCAACAUCUACUCUUCGCGCAUGAUGAUUUUACCGAUAAAUUCCUCGUACACUUGAGAAACAUUAUCGCCAAGGAGUCUGCCACGAAUCCUCUCAUGACUAAGAGAUUAGUAGAAAGGAAACCGACCGAGUUUGAGCCCUUCCCGAGACAACUUCCCUGCGUCACCUCUCGAUGGCACAUGCACAUCGCCACGAAAGAGGCGACGACGAACGAAAGAACGGAGACCGAAGUGAUCGAAACCGUGGAAUUACAUAAGGCAUCGUCGACGUCGCGCGUGGAUCCCUUAAAAAAAGUUUGUUAUUACGAUUCUAUUUCCACCUCGCCGAAUACAGCCUGCCUUCAUAAACUAAAGAGACCAGUCGCUACGCAGGAAGACAUGCAUUCGUUGCCUCCUCUUGAUUUCAAAGGAAACUUGUAGCUUCGUUCCUAGAAAGAAGAAAAUAACCAUGAGAAAGAAAACGAAAUUUUAAAUAGACCCGUAAAUUCCUCAUAUACAUCAUUUUAUUAUUGUAAUAGUUGCUAAUCAUGUUAUUAUUGUAAUAUGCAUAUUUAUUACGGUAAUGAAAGAAGCAUUUGCUUGAUCAUUUAUUUCGUCAUUUUAUUAGUAACUAUAUUAAUUAUUAGUAAUCGUAUUGAUCGUUUUAUUAGUAUUAUUGAUAUUGGACUAUCGAUCUUUCUAUAAUAAUAUUUAGAAAAUCUUGUUCGCAAGUCGAAUAAUUUAAAGAAUGUAAAAACUACACACAUUUCAAGAUUUUUUGAUGAAAAAGACAAAGGCUACCUCGUUAUUGUACUUGUAUUUUGUAAUUACAUUUGUAGAAAGUAAAGUGACUAGUGUAAUAUUAACUGCACGAUCAAUUGUCUGUUAUUUAUAAGUGAUACUAUACGUUUAAUGAUUAUAUUGUAAUGUGUGUGUGUAUGUGGCAUUUUAUAUAGUUUAACUUUAUUUCUUUUUCCAAAUACAAACGCAUCUACAUUGACACGAAAGUUGUGGUUAUUUUAUAUUAUUUUACGUGGAUGUUA